AUGAGUAAUUGGCUUCGUGGUGAUACAGGUCGUAAAUCGUGUUUGCACAGCAGCAGCAGCUCAACGCCAACUUCGAAUCUACCUUCGACAGUAGCCAUAAUCCAUCACCACUCAUCGUCAUCCACAAACACGUCGCCUUCAGAAUCACCAUCACGUCGCAACAGCGCAGCGAGUAGCGCUGACCACACCAAUACUCGUAAUCUGCAAUCCACACCCCCGCUACCACCAGCUUUGAAGCAGUCGAAUAGUAGUAAUAAGAAGGUACAGUGCGCUUCUGAAUUUGAGAUAUAUGAUGUGGUUUUGCGAGUUGCGAGUUUAGGAUGUUCCUUCCGUUUACAGGAUACAUAUCGGAGUCAACGUUCUAUGUCGCUGGGUAGUGCUCAACAUGAAUCCUUGCUAGCCGCUGUAGCAUCUUCAUCACAACGUUCUUCUAUGCAAACUGUUGACAUUAGCCGAUCUGAGAAUGGUGCUGAACUGGUACGUCCAAAUGAACAAAACGAGUACGAGGUAGCUGAGGGCUUGUCGGCAGUGUGCUUCAAGGCUAUUCUCGAAUAUUAUCAAACGGGUAAAAUGCGCUGUCCACCAUCGGUGUCGGCAAGCGAACUACGUGAAGCGUGUGAUUAUUUAUUGAUACCGUUCAAUGCACAGACAGUGCGAUGUGAUAAUUUACGUUCAUUCUUACACGAGCUCAGUAAUGAGGGUGCUCGACAGCAGUUCAGCGAAUUCUUAGAAGAUAUCAUUUUACCACAAAUGGUUAUCAGCACUGAGCAUGGUGAUCGUGAAUGCCAUAUUGUGGUGCUGUUGGAUGAUGAUGUGGUGGAUUGGGACGAAUUGUAUCCACCACAAAUGGGCGAAGAUACCACUCAGGUUGUGUAUAGUACGCAUUUGUAUCGAUUCUUCAAGUAUGCUGAAAAUAGAGAUGUUGCUAAACAGGUGCUGAAAGAACGCGGAUUAAAGAAGAUCCGAUUGGUGAUCUAUAACUAUGUGCAACGACCAUUCGUGCACUGCUCAUGGGAGAAGGAGGAGGCACGUUCAAGGCAUGUGGAUUUCGCUUGUCCGAUCGUAAAGAGUAAAUCGAAUCCGAGUCUAGCGAGUGCAGCCAGUGACCCGUUACCUCAGCCGGCACCACUUCAAUUGAAUGUGCCCCAUCUUCAUGGUGGCGCCCCAGGAGGUGGCGUUCACUUCGGAGGUGCUCCCGGAGGAGGACUUGAUGUAGCACCGCACCUGGCUGCACAUCAUCAACUUUUAUUGGGUGUUGGCGGUGUGCAUUUGGCACAUCAACUUGCCAAUCAGUAUCUGAAGAAUUUAANGCAACCACUUCACUCCCCACCAGUGCAAUUAUUGGGUGCUGCGGGAGGAAUGAUGGCAAAUGACGGCAAUGAUUUGGCACAAGGAGCAGCAGCACAAAUAUCACCUCAACCUGGAGCUGGAGCCGGUAAUCAUAGCCCGAGGAGUGGAAAUAAUAAUUGA